AUGGGGGUUUGGUUUGGGGGGGUGGGGUUGUGGGGGGUGGGGGGUGGUAAAUGGGGUUGGAGGGGGGGGGAGCCGGUGGUCCCCCCCCCCUGCCUCCCCCUGUGGGGGGCCGGUUGGUGGUGUGGGGGGGGGAAAGGAGCGUCCCCCCCCCCCUUUUGGUGGGUUGAGGGGUUAUUGGUGUGGUUGGGGGGGGGUGGGGUUGGUGGUGGGGGGGAGAAGGGGCGGAUUUCCCCCCCCCCCCCUUGGGGUUUUGGGGUUUGUGGGGGGGGGGUGGGGGUUGGGGUUUUUGGGUGGGUGGGUUUUUUGUGGGGUUUGGGGGGUUGGGUGUGGGGGGGUGUUGGGGUGGGUUUGGGGGGGGGUUGGGGGGUGGGGUUGUUGUUGGGUGGGUGGGGGGGUGGGGGGGGGUUUGGGGUUUGUUGUAUUUUGUUGUGUUGGGGGUGGGUGGGGGUGUUUUGGGGUUAUGGUGUGGGGGGGGGGGUGCAAAACCCCCUUUGA